AUGACACGUUUGGCUGUUGUUGCCGCGUGCCUGGCAGGCUACGCCGCCGCCUUCCCUCGCCUGGAAUCCCAUCUGCUCAGCCGAGCGGCAGCGCCACCGCAAGGUGCUGGUGCCCUUCCCGUGACGCCGCCGCCCUUUGACGCUUCGGCUCAGCUCGUUAGCACGAGUGGACAGUAUGCCUUCGUUCCACCCGGCCCCGGCGAUGCCCGUGGCGAGUGCCCAGGCUUGAACGCCAUGGCCAACCAUGGCUAUCUCCCCCACAACGGCUAUGCGACCAUCGCUCAAUUCACCGAGGCCUGCCAGACCGUGUUCGGCAUGGGCGCCGAUUUGGCUGCCUUCCUUGCCGUCUACGGAGCUGUCGUCGACGGUGACUUGACCGCAUGGUCCAUUGGCGGCCUGCCGCAUACCGGCAUCGGAGGCUCGCACAACGACUACGAGGCCGACAGCUCGCCGUUGCACGCCGAUCUGUACCAAUACGGCAACCUCUACACCCUGCCCAAGUCUCAAGCCUCACAGUUGUUGAACAUGCAGUCCGACGCCAGCACGGCCAACUACAACCUCGAGGUCUUGCGGGAGUUCCGCGCGACUCGCUUCCAACAGAGCGUCUCCGAGAACCCCAAGUUUUUCUACGGUCCCUUCACGGGCAUGGCUGUGUCUCAGGCGGCAUUCACUUUCAUCUACCGUUUCAUGGCCAACAAGUCCUCCGAGGCUCCCGAGGGUAUCUUGAACCAAGACGUCUUGAAGAGCUUCUACGCUCUCAGCGGCACGAAUGACGACGUGAGUUGGUCAGGAUGUCACAACCGUAUUCCUGACAACUGGUACAAGCGUAACACUGUCGACGCCUACACCAUCCCCUACUUCUUGACGGACGUUCUUUACUUCUCCGAGACCUUCCCUCAGCUCAACGGCGUGGGUUGCAACAACGGAAGCGUCAACACCUACGACACCAUCUCCGUGUCGACGCUCACCAACGGCGCAUACACCGCGGCAGAGGUCGCCGCGAACCCCAUCUGCUUCGCUCUGGAGUACGCGGCGGCAGACGUGCCCAGCCUCACCGGCCUUCCCACCGCUGAGCUUGGCCCGUUGGCCUCCGUGCUGUCGAGCGCCACUUCGGAAUUGAAGUGCAAGCCCAUUGCCGCGAUCAACAAAGGCGCGCUUGAGGCUUGCCCGGGCUUCACGUUGUACGGAGGACCCACGGCCCCCGUCGCCAAAGGCGCGAUUCAGCCGUCGUAG